CGACGAGAAAAGGAAUAGAAGAGGAAGUAGCCGAAAGAAGAAGAAGAGGCAAAAUGUCAACAUUAUCGUUACGUAUACAAUUGGAGGGUGGACGUGUAACGAAAACCAUACAAUUCCAUCCCAAUACCACAGUAUUCGAUGCCUGCAAAAUAAUCCGAGAUAAAUUUGCUGAAGCUGUUCAGGGACAACCUAGCGAAUAUGGACUCUUCAUUUCGGAUGAACAAAAUCAACAGGGUGUAUGGUUGGAAAAUGGCCGUACACUCGGCUAUUAUAUACUACACAAUCAGGAUACCCUGGAAUAUCGACGAAAAUUACGUACACUACGUGUUCGCAUGUUAGAUGGUGCUGUUAAAACCAUUCUGGUUGAUGACUCGCAACCCGUUUCACAACUAAUGGUUGUAAUAUGUACAAAAAUCGGUAUUACCAAUCAUGAGGAAUAUGGUCUGGUACGUGAGGAUAAUGAAUCGCAAAAUGAAAAUUAUCCCGAUAAUAAAUUUGGAACAUUGACGUUGCGCCGUAAGUUUACGGAAAAAGAUAGGGAUGCUAAAAUGGAAAGUUUGCGAAAGAAAUUAAAAACUGAUGACAUUAACUGGGUUGAUGUUGGCAAAACCUUGCGUGAGCAGGGUAUCGAUGAAUCGGAAACCGUUUUGCUGAGACGUCGUUUCUUUUUCUCCGAUCAGAACAUUGAUUCUCGUGAUCCUGUACAAUUGAAUUUGCUGUAUGUACAGGCUCGGGAUACUAUUUUGGAUGGCACACAUCCUGUCACUCAGGAGAAGGCUUGUGAAUUUGCUGGCAUACAGGUCCACAUACAAUUUGGACCCCAUAACGAAGCUAAACAUAAACCUGGAUUUUUAGACUUAAAGGACUUUCUACCACAAUCAUAUGUACGCGUUAAAAAUAUCGAAAAGAAAAUUUUUGCCGAACAUAAGAAACAUGUUGAUCUCUCUGAAAUUGAUGCCAAGGUUUUGUACACGAAAACGGCACGUGAAUUGCCCACCUAUGGUGUUACCUUCUUUUUGGUGAAAGAAAAAAUGAAUGGUAAAAAUAAAUUGGUGCCACGUCUAUUGGGUGUAACCAAGGACUCGGUAUUGCGUCUCGAUGAACGCACCAAAGAAAUUUUGGUAUCAUGGCCAUUGACCACUGUUCGUCGUUGGGGUGCAUCACCGAAUACAUUCACUUUAGAUUUUGGCGAUUAUGCCAAUCAAUAUUAUUCGGUACAAACCACAGAAGCUGAACAAAUUGUUCAGCUGAUAGCCGGUUAUAUUGAUAUAAUUUUGAAAAAGAAACAAACCAAGGAUCAUUUCGGCAUUGAGGGUGAUGAGGGAUCAACAAUGGUUGAAGAAUCUGUGGCACCGUUUAAAGCUACGUUUUUGCAACAUGAAACGAAUAAAAUCGGCAAGAUUAACACAGAAUCGUUGGCUCAUCCGGGUAUGAUGAGGGCUGAUGACGGCGAAAAAUCAUACACCCAAGGCGAAUUACAAACUGUACAAUAUGGCGCCUUUGUUGGGCAAGUUAAUCAUGCCCAUCAACCACCCACGUCUAAGGAAGUGCGUAUUAGUUCUGUGAAUCUUACUGAGCCCCAACGAGCCUUAUUGGGUUAUAUAUCAGCUGGUCAAGAGAUCUUAUCUCGUGCCGAUGAAGAGCUUAGGACCAAGGCUCCCAUUCAAGAAUUGGGCAAUGAUAUGCGUUCCAUUGAAUGGCGUGAAAAUACCUUGGAUACAUCGAAACAAGCUGUUACUAGUCAUGUGGCAACAAUGAGUGCUGCCACUGCGCAAAUUAUCACCGCCACCCAACCCGACGAAGUCGAUACGGAAGCCAUUUCGGCAUCGGUAUCACAAAUUGCCCAGACAAUACCACAGGUUACCAAGGAAGUUCGUUUAAUUGCCGCCCUUAUGGAAGAUGACAGCAGUGGUGACCGUUUGCUGGAAGCUGCCCGUAAUCUAUGUUCCGUUUUCAGUGAAUUGCUGAAAGCUGCCGAACCCGAGAGUAAAGAACCACCACAAAAUCUCAUUAAUGCUGCCAGUCGUGUCGGUGAUGCCACAACUUAUGUCCUUAGCACAAUUGCCGAAGAAGAUGUACCCGAAAAUAAAGAUCUACAAGACAUGCUAUUGUCAUUGGCCAAGGCUGUGGCCAAUACCACCGCAGCUUUGGUUUUGAGAGCUAAAUCCAUUGCUGCCAGUUGUGAUGAUGUUGAAUCUCGUAAUCGUGUCAUUGGCGCUGCCAGUCAAUGUGCCCUGGCCACCAGUCAAUUGGUGGCAUGUGCCAAAGUUGUUGCUCCCACUCUACACAAUGCUGCUUGUCGUGAACAGUUGGAGGGUGCAGCACGUAAUGUUGCCCGUGCUGUCAAUAGCCUUUGCGAAGUGUGCAAUGAAGCCACCAAUGAUCCACAACUGAAGAAUGAUUUGUUGGCUGCAGCCCGUGACGUCUCCAAGAGUCUUAGCGAUAUGUUGGAGCAUGUCAAACUCAGCUCCCGCGAAUAUGCCAAUCGCUCUAGCCAAGAAAUGAGUCCAGUGGAAAAUGUCAUUAUCAGCACUGAUAUUUUGGUAGCUUCGCAUGAUCCUCAGGAAAUGGUACGCCAUGCCAAGACACUGGGUCAAGCCACUGCCCAACUGAUACAAAGUAUUAAGGGCGAAGCCGAUCAACAACAAGAUGCUGAUGUCCAAAGACGUUUGCUAUCCGCUGCCAAACAAUUGGCUGAUGCCACUGCUAAAUUGGUAGAGGCUGCUCGUCUUUGCUCCAGCCAUCCUCAUGAUACCGAGAACCAAAAUGCUUUACGCAAGGCUGCCGAGGAGUUGCGUGAAAUCACCACCACCACAGCCAAUACUCCAGCUAUUAAACGUAAUCUAAUCAGACGUUUGGAAUACUGUUCCAAACAAGCAGCCUCAGCGGCCACUCAAUGUAUCUCGGCUGCGCAAAAUGCUGUACAACACAGCGAUGACCACCAGACCAAGGAAUCUUUGUUGCAGGAUUGUAAACGUGCCGCCGAUACUAUACCUCGUUUGGUCACCGCUGUCAAAACCACACGUAGCAGUCCUGAUGAUUACAACGCCCAAUUUAAUUUGAUUGAAGCCGCAGAACAAUUUAUUGAACCUGCAAUUCAGGUGUCACGUUCGGCUCGUGCCUUACAACCAACUGUAACAGAUAUACCAGCUGCUACCCAACUGUCGAAGAGCGCCUUGUAUUUAGGACAAACUGUUUCGGAAUUGAAUUCAGCUGCCCAGAGGGCUCGUGAAGCUUGUGGUGGCCAGGAACUGCAGUCAGCUUUGGAAGCUGUGCGUAAUUUACACAAUGUCCUUGAUGAUACACGCAAUGCUGCCCAAUCGGGCUCUUUGAGACCCCUGCCCGGUGAGAAUGUGGAAAAUACCGCACAACAAUUGCGUGUUUCGACUAAGAAUGUUGGCAUUGCCUUGAGCCGUCUAAUAUCCUCGGUGUUGCAAGGACAACGUAUGUAUGCUGGCAUUGCUGGUCGUGAUACCGCUUUGGCAUUGGGUGAUUUCACCAAGAGUGUCCACGGAGUGGCUGCCACUACCAAUAAUGCUGCCGUUAUUGAUUGUGCCGACGAGGUAGUUUUAAGUUCGGCUCGUCUUAUUGAGGAAGCCCAGAAGACUUUGCAGAAUAUGGGAGAUCCAACUGCUCUAACUCAGGCUGGUCGCGACGUCACCGAAGCUCUCUCCAAGACCAUUGAAUGUAUUCCCGGUCAACGUGAAGUAGAUCAAGCCUUGCGCAACGUCAGUGAAUUAAGCGAGAUCCUUUCGAUGAGUGAAUUCCCUCCUUCGAAUCGUAGCUACAAUACCUUGCAAAACGAGCUGAAACAAGUAUCGGAAAGUUUAAGCAAUGCUGGUGGCCAGAUUGUCCAAGCCUAUGACAGUCCCGCAAAAUUGGCUGAGACUAGUAAUAACUUUGCUGCCAAUUAUCGUGAUUUACUUUCGGUUUCCAUGGAAAUGGCUGGGCAAAAUCCCGAAGAGGUUGUACGCUCCGAAAUGAUUGAUUGUUUGCGUAAUGUUUCCACCCAAUCCUGUUCGUUGUUGUCAACUGCCAAGUCCAUUGCAGGCGAUCCAGGACAACCCAAUGCCAAGAAUUUGUUACAUGCUGCAGCACGUAGUGUCACGGAAAGCAUCAACAAGUUAGUCGAUGCCAGCAUCCAGUCGGCUCCAGGACAAAAGGAAUGUGACAAUGCCACUCGUAACAUUGAAGCUUUGCGUGUCAUGUUGGACUAUCCUCAUGAACCUGUUAACGAUCAAGGUUAUUUCGAUUGUGUUGAGGCUGCCACUGCCAAGUCACGCAAUCUGGGCUAUGCUUUCUCUGAAAUGAUUAACAAUGCCAAGCAAUCGAAUCAUGCUGAAUUUGCCAAAUCUGUGAACAAUGUUUCCGAGUCCAUAAGAGGUUUAAUUGAGUCAUCGGCCCAAGCUGCCUACUUAAUUGGUGUUUCACAUCCCAGCAGUACAGCUGGUCGUCCGGGUAUUAUUGAUUCUGCUCAAUUGACCUGGGCCUAUCAAGGCAUCCGUCAACACUGCGAUGUGGUUAGCAGUCCCCAAUCAUCGAAACCACAAAAGAUUUCCGCCUUGACUGUUAUUGCUAAACACACCAGCUAUUUGUGUUCGAUUUGCCGCCAGGCUAGCAUGAAUACCAACAACCCAACAGCCAAAAAUGAAUUUAUUGUUUUGGCCAAGCAAGUGGCCACCGCUACCUCUAAUCUGGUACAGGAAAUCAAGGCCAUUGAAGAUGAUCCAUCACAACCAUCAUCGGGUGCUCGUUUGGUAGAACCUCUCUUGGAAUCCGUUAAAGCUGUACGUCAAUAUGCUUCUAGUCCUGAAUUUAUUUCGGUUCCAGCCAAAAUUUCAGCUGAGGGCAGGAAGGCCCAGGAUCCUGUUUUAAAUGCAGGUCGUGGAGUGAUUGAUGGUGUCAUUGAAAUGGUCCAAGCUGCUAAAUCAUUGGCUCUUUCACCUGACGAUCCACCAGUGUGGCAAAAACUCUCCAAUGCCUCCACUCCAGUGUCGGAAUCUGUCAAACGUUUGGUGGAUAACAUUCGGGAAAAGGCACCUGGACAAGCCCAAUGUGAUCAGGUCUUGCAAACAUUGGGUACAUGUAUGCGUGAAUUAGAUAGUUGUGCCAUGGCCGUUAAUGCCCAGGGUCUGUCACAAAGGCGUGACAACAAUUUACAUGGCUUCUCCGGGCAGACACUUAACUCUGCAGCGGAAUUAAUGGAUAAAUUGGAACCCAUACGAUUGGCUGGUAAAAAUAAUGCUGAACAACUGGGACAUGCUGUGGGUGAGAUUUCCCGUUAUGUUGUACCCAUGGUAAAUGGUUCAAUUGGUGCCUGUACCCAUAUUGUCCACACUAAUCAACAAAUGAGUUUGAUAAAUCAAACUAAGUCGGUGGUGGAAAGUGCCCAACAACUGGUGCAAGCUGCCAAGGAAUCAGCCGGCAAUCCAAGGGCCACACAUGCCCACCCUAAACUGGAUGAGGCCAUUGAAAAUACCCGUGAAGCUACACAGGAAUUGACACAGACAGUGGAGAAAAUCAAUGCCGAAACUGGAGUUGUAACGGGUCUCAUUGAACAAGUUAAUCGUGCUAUUACCCGUCUGACAGAUAAACGUCAAUCUCUAAUGAAUGCUUCCUUCUCUGACUCCUUUGUGGACUAUCAAACACGAAUGGUACAGACAGCCAAGGAAAUUGCCCGUUUGGCCAAUGAAACCAAUGCCAAAUCGGCCAUUGAACCACAACUUAUGCCUCAGCUGGCUAUGGAAAUGGCAAAACAAUAUGGACAGUUGACCCAAGAUUCUGUGGGAGCUUCGGCCACCACUACUUCCCCCGAUGUGGCUAUGCGUAUACGUAAUACGGUAAUUGAUUUGGGACGUUCCGUGUGUUCAAUGAUUAAGACAAGUGCGACGGGAGCAAGACCCGAUGAUACUGUACAUCAAAAUGAAAUUUCACGUAAUGCCAGGGAGGUGUGCGAAAAGGUGGCACAAAUUUUGGCCGCCUUGCAGGCCGGCUCCCGUGGCACUCAGGCUUGUAUUAAUGCCGCCCAUACCAUUUCGGGUAUUAUUGGUGAUUUGGAUACAACGAUAAUGUUUGCCACUGCUGGCACCUUGCAUUCCGAUCGUGACAGCAGUUUUGCUGAUCAUCGUGAACAUAUUUUGCAAACGGCCAAGGCUUUGGUGGAAGACACUAAGGUUUUGGUAACUGGAGCGGCUGGUACUCAGGAUCAAUUGGCUAAUGCAGCACAAAAUGCUGUUACCACAAUUGUGCAAUUGGCUGAAGCUGUUAAAUUGGGUGCCUGUUCCUUGGGCUCUUCCCAACCCGAUUCCCAAGUCAUGGUCAUCAAUGCCGUUAAAGAUGUCGCCUCGGCUUUGGGUGAUCUGAUCAAUGCCACUAAAUUGGCUUCGGGUAAACCCAUUAAUGAUCCUUCAAUGCAAGAUUUGAAAGAAAGUGCUAGGGUUAUGGUUUUGAAUGUAUCAUCAUUGCUGAAAACUGUUAAAGCUGUGGAAGAUGAACAUACACGUGGUACCCGAGCUAUGGAAUCUGCUGUUGAAGCUAUUGCCCAAGAGAUUAGGGCCAUGCAUUCACCACCCCCGGCCAGUAAUAGCAAUGUCAAUCCCGAAGAUUUAAUACGUGUCACAAAGAAUGUUACCCUGGCCACAUCGAAAGCCGUGGCAUCUGGUGCCUCCAAUUUGCAAGAAGAUAUUAUGAAUGCUGCCAAUACGGGUCGCCGUUCUAUAUCGGAAAUGUUAUUGGUAUGCCGCAGUGUGGCAUGGAAUUGUGCCGAAAAUGAAGAUUUACGUCAACGUACAUUGGAAGCUGGUGCUGCUGUGGGCGAGGCAUAUCGUGAAUUAUUAACGGGUAUCUUACACAACUGUUCGGCCGAUGAUCGUAUGCAUUUAUCACGUCGUGUUGCCAAGUGUGUUACCGAUUUGGUGGCCAUGGCAGGUCUACUCAAGGGCAGUGAUUGGGUUGAUCCUGAAGAUCCAACCGUUAUUGCCGAAAAUGAGUUGUUAGGUGCUGCCGCAUCUAUUGAUGCAGCUGCCAAGAAAUUGGCUUCGUUGAGACCAAGACGUAAUGAUGAUGUUAAGAUCGAACUUGAUGAAAACAUGAAAUUCGAUGAAAUGAUUUUGGAAGCUGCCAAGGGUAUUAUGGCUGCCUCAUCGGCCUUGGUACGUGCUGCCAAUGCUGCCCAACGUGAACUGAUUGAUCAGGGUAAGGUGGCCUAUCGCCCCCUAACCAAUUCCGAUGACGGUCAAUGGUCGGAGGGUUUGAUAUCGGCCGCCCGUCUUGUUGCUGCUGCGACCCAUAGUUUAGUGGAGGCUGCACAAAAUCUUGUCCGUGGUAAUGGCACCGAAGAAAUGUUGAUUUCCACCGCCAAACAAGUGGCUGCCUCUACCGCCCAACUGCUGAUUGCCUGUAAAGUGAAAUCAAAUCCAAAUUCAGAGGCUGGUAGACGUUUACAGGCUGCCGGUAAUGCAGUAAUCAAAUCCACAGACAAUUUGGUGCGAGCCGCCCAACAAGGCUUGAGAGAUGAAGAGGAACGUACCCUCACUAUUAACACAUCCAUGGUUGAUGGUAUGGCUCAGGAAAUUAAUGCCCGUUCGGAUGUUUUGCGUAUGGAAAAACAAUUGGAAGAGGCCAGACAAAAACUUGUACUCAUUCGUACGGCACGCAACAGGGCAAAGAAUGCCCAAGGCUUCACCACCGAUGAAAGUGAUUCGGAAUAUGCUCAAUCGACCUAUGGCACAUUGAACAGGAGUCAAAAUAAUACUCUUACACGUUCACCGGCGGCUGGUGCUUAUGGUGGUAGCGGUGGUAGUCACAUGGAACCACCAGCCUCACCUGGUUAUAUGACUUACCAACAACAACAGCAACAGACUAAACAUCAUUACAAUUAUGCCAAUAAUCCACAGCACUUCCAUCAUCCAGGUGCUGUAUCUCCAACACCACCACCUCCACCACAACAACAACAGAAUCACAAUGACAAUGAUACGACAGCCUUUCCACCCCCACCUCCACCCCUAUCGACAACCAUUUCCCAAAUGCAAACGGCCACACACACGUUUCGUUCAAAUCCCAAACUAACAGCUAAUGCUGUACCACGUCCCUACCCAGGUAGCCCCGUAACGACCACAAGUGGUACAAAUGGUGGUGGUGGUGUUGUUGGCGGUGGUAUUCGUUCUCAUCCAUCUAGUCCUCUAACACCCACUAACAAUAGUAGUUAUCAAGAAACCAAUCAAAUAAGAUCUUCUACUACAACAAAUUCCCAACAACAGCAUACAGCAGCAGUGAAUCGAAAUUUGGAGGCAUGUGUUCAGGAUUUACACGAUAAAACCUUUGGCCAGGGUGGUGUGGUGCAGAUAACAAGUAACACCUCAUACCCGGGACAAAAUUAUGAAGGUUAUACAUCAAGAUAUGAAACCCGCAAUUACGAUAAAAACUCCGAAAGCACCGGUGUCAAACCUUUGGAAUCCAGCUUUAGUCAAAUGACAUUGAAUAGCGAAUCUGGUAAAGUAAGCCUCAUCGAUCAGGGUUCCCAGCGGCUAACCUCAAUGACACAACGGGUUAUGGAACGUAAAACCUUCUCGCAAACGUCGGAGACAAGAACCGAAAAGAAAACCGAAUCGCAUAGUUUUCGUUUGGAAAAAUAAUAAACAUUAACCUUACUACUA